AUGGAGAAGCAAAAUUUCUUAUUGCCGUUCGCAUUCACCAAAUCGUCAUCCUUUAACGAGUCUGACGUAUUGAACAAAACGCCGAGACAAAGGUCAGUUAUUGACGAAAAUGCUACUAGUAUUUAUCAUACGAGAAAGACAGUUGAAUCGUGCGGAGUUGAACGUCCAAAUUUGCAACUGAAUGUCGCCCCCUCAUUGAAACGGCGCAUGGGAAGGAGUUUCAACGAUAAAGAUGAUGUGAAGAAAGCAGCAGUGGGAAACAGAUAUUCUGAUUCAGGGUCUGACUAUGAGGAAGAGCCUACUUUAAUUGACGAAGACGUGAAUGAUAGCGCUCCAUUACCACCAAGCAGUCCAGUUGGAACGCAACAGACUGGAUUUGAACUAAUGUCGGAAUUUGAUUUUGCUACUAAUCCCACAACAAGUUUCCAAGUACCUAAAUCACCACCGAAAAAGUAUGAUAUCAAUCGAGACCUUGUCAAGACAUCACCUCAAAAACCGGUAAGCUCUGAACCUGAUUUUGGGAUUGACAAGUUUAACAGAUAUAGGGUCAGCUUCAAUGAUAAAUCAAGAAACACGCCAUCGUCGUCGAAUGCAGAUGAUGAUAAUGAGGAGGCAAAACAAGAACAAAGAAGCAUUGCCUAUAAAAAAGCAAGAACCAUAAUCUUAGAUGCAUUUGAGAAUGUGAAGACCGUAAUCGACUUGCAAGCAAUGAAUUUGUACGAGAUUCCGGAUGAGAUCAAAGACUUGAACAACUUGGUCAUAAUUGAUAGCUUUAGUGAAGAAGCAUCUAUUGAGUUCCCAUAUCAAUUGUAUCUUACUGGGAACCAGUUAUCCCAACUACCCCCUUCCUUAUUCAAGCUCACUAAGUUACAAGUCUUGUCAUUGCGAAGAAACAAACUCAAAUCCAUCCCACCUCUCGUUGGUAAAUUGGAGAACUUGAUCGACUUGUCUUUGAGUUCAAAUAAACUCGAAUUUCUUCCAUAUCAGAUUCUUAACUUGAAAAAACUAACAAACUUUACUUCCGGGCCGAAUCCAUUUUUGCUGGUUCCUGAUGAUGCUGUGCCGAUGAACAAUAAAGAUGUCACAACAUUUAUUCCACGAUCAAGAUCACCAAUAAAGUAUUUAAUUUCCAAGGUUAGUGAGUUGCCAACGUUGAAAACCUUGUGUCUCAAUAUAAUUGCGAAACAUGAUGUUUCGUAUUCUGAAACAAAAUUGUGGAAGAAGCAUACUCCAAGGAUGCAUCAUCAAUUAAUAAUUGAGGCGUUAAGGAAAGGAAAAUUCAAGGACACUUGUUCAGAGUGUGAUAUAAUAGUAGUGGAGCCAAUGGCUGAGGUUUUCGAGUGGUGGGACAUACUACAAAAUAGAAAUGUUCCUAUAAGAAGACAAUUUUGUUCACAAAAGUGUGUAAAAAAGUACGAAGGGUGA